GCGUUACUCAUUUACAGAGGGAUCGGGGGCCCCGACCAACCUGCGAGUGAUACCAGCGGCUUUUGCGCAAGGCGCCUGCGCUUUCGGGGGGGGAGGAAGAGCCGGACCCAGAAGGCGCAGCCACACGCCUCCCACCUCCCCCCUCCCUUUUUUUUCCGCCUUGAAGGGGGAACCGGGCUGCCCAAAUCUCUCCCCCCCGCCUCCCCGUCCCUGCAGAAGAAGCCCUGCCGGCGAGCAAGGGGGUUUCAAAGGCCCGGGAGCUCUGCCUUCCACGAUCCGAGAUCCAGCCGCGGCCAAGCAAAGCAGAAUCCGCCCUUUGCGCUCGCUUCCCGGGCCGCAGACGCCGCUUCCAGGUCAACGGCGGCCUUGACGGCCCCGGGAUCUUACACGGGUCACCCCGGCCCGAGGUCCAAAGAAGUCACCAUGCCUGUCAACAUGAGAGAUGUGAUGCAGCUCCUCUGCCAUAUUUCUGAAGAGCGAAAAAUGAAAGCUGCCUUCAAGCACUCCGGACGAGGCGCCUUGGUGGUGGGAACAACGGCUUUCUUCGGAGGUUUGAUGGCAGGCCCACCUGGCAUUGCUGUCGGAGGUGCCAUUGGUGGCUUGCUUGGGGCCUGGAUGACCUCCGGACAGUUCAAGCCCAUUCCUCAGAUUAUCCUGGAACUGCCACCUGCGGAGCAGCAGCGGCUUUACGAAAACGUCUGCGCCAUUAUUCAGAAUCUGGACUGGACCGACGUAGCCCAGCUCACAGCCUUGGUCAUGGCCAACGGUGCCCUUCAGGAGAAAUUGCUUGGAGUCCUGACAAACUAUAUCACUACUGAACUCAGAGGGGAGAUCCAGUAUGGAAAGUAGACUCUGAUGUUUGUGUUUCAGGGGGUUGUGAGUGCCCUUAAUACCCUUUUCUCUGGUGUUUUAGAUUUCUCAAGAUCACAGUUUUUAUAAGGAAUGACAAGGUGUCAACUGUGCAUUUUUUUUCUUUUACCCCAAAUAAUCUUUUUGGGGGAAACAAACAAGGCAAGCUUUGGUUUGCUCGUUCUGGUUUUUUUCUUUUUCAUAAUUAGUUCCUAUUUCAAUAGCCAAGGGUGGAUCAAUUUGAGCCUCAAUGUUUAUUGUAUUUAUUUGAAAAUCUAUUUAUGCCACCCCAAAAAUUCCUUGUGGCAUUUGGAAUGCCUUGCUGAGUAAGUACCUCUGUUUCAUCAGACCUUCUAAGCAGCUGCCUCUGUGAAUGAUGCUAUCAAAGAACGUGCCACCAUUGCGUCCUUGCAUUGUGGUCAAGGAUGUAACAUUGACAUUUGCACUAUAAUGACAUCACCAUUUGCUGCUCUUUGAUGUGCAUCAUUCUAGAUGGAUAAGGAUGAUACACUGCACAGGUGCCAGCCUUUCCUGCCCAGUUACAAUGGUUGGAUUUAUGACCAAUUAUCCUACCCAAAUAUAUUCUUUGGCUGGAGAGAGAGAGACAGGCUGAUGGUUAACGUAUCUUCAGGAUGCCAAGUUGGAGAAACCUAAUGUAGAUAACGGCACUGUGGUUGAGGUACGUGGUGUCCACUUGGCCACAUUAGAAUGAUCAACGUCAAAUUACUUGGAAUUUCUUAGAUGGGGAGCUUCACUUCUCCACAGGACAUGUUACUUCUCUUGCUGCCUUAAUUUUGAGAGAGUGAAGGAGUGAAAAGUUGAAAUAGUCCGGAGCCAAAAAUGUAGCAGAUGAUUCAUCUUAGGUAUUCCUCCUGAAGAUAAAAUGCAAAUAAAGCUGAAUUUUUAAUGUGUGAACA